AACUGAAAGAGUCUUAACAAAAUUUGCUGUGCCGCCCAUGCACGUACAUCACCGUCGAUUCCCAAUCAGACGCCCCACAAUCAUCUCUCGCUCUAACUUUUCUCUCUCUGAAAAGACCGACCUCUUUGGAGAAUCUCAGGCCCACGCGACCACAUUGAUAUCUCGAAUGUUGUAUCUCCGUGCAAUUGUUGUAAGUUCUCCGCAGAUUUUCGAUUGUAAAUUAGAGUUUUAGGGAUGGCAACUCGGAGUAACAUAGAUAUGCUAUCAAGCCUAGAUGAUGGGCUGCAAGGAACUGACGGGAAUUUAGAAGAUAGUUUCCAGAGUGAGCUUGAAUUGAUUCUGCAUGAACAGCGCAAUCAGCACUUUAUCAAGCGAGAAAGAGAUCUGAAUAUAUAUAGGAGUGGCAGUGCUCCGCCAACAGUUGAGGGAUCGGUGAGUGCUGUUGGUAGUCUUUUUAGGAACCCUGAUUUUAUAGAGAUUGAUGGUAUUAGUAAUAUCAAUGGGGGUUUGUCAGAGGAUGAGAUUCGCUUGCAUCCUGCUUAUCUUUCGUAUUAUUAUUCUCAUGAGAAUGUUAAUCCAAGACUACCCCCACCGUUGAUGUCAAAAGAGGAUUGGCGGGUUGCUCAAAGGUUUCAGAUUGGUGGAUCUUCGUUGGGGGGAAUCGGGGACUGGAGGAAGAAGUUGGUCAAUGAUGGUGAUAGUUCAUCAUUGUUUUCAAUGCAGCCGGGGCUUUCUGUGCAACAGGCUGAGAAUGAUUUGAUGGAAUUGAGGAAUGCCAGUGGAAGGAAUCUCUCUCGACAGACUUCAUCUCAGUGGCUUGAUAGAGGCUCGGAUGGUUUGAUUGGAUUGUCGAGCACUGGGCUUGGUGCAAGGAGGAAGAGUUUUGCUGACAUUGUUCAGGAAGGAAUGGAUCAACCUAAUUCCUUAUCUAGCAACCUGUCACAUCCAGGAAGUCAUAAUACUUUUGGUGAUACCGUGGAUGCUAAAUCCGUGCCUGAUCUCCAUGCAUCAGGGUUAUGGAAUGGAGUGGAGUCCAUAGAGGGCUUGCAUUCUGGAGCUGCUCCCCUGAGCCUGUUUGGAGUUCAGAAUAGUACCUCAGUUUCUCAUACUUUUGCAUCUGCUGUGGGUUCAUCUCUGUCAAGGAGCACAACCCCUGAACCACAGCUAGUUGGUAGGGCAGCUGGUUCUGGUCUUCCCCCAGUAGGGAGCAGCAGAGUUUCAUCUAUUGAGAAGAAGAAUGUUGUUGGCUCGGCUGUUCAAAAUGGUCACUCUUUUGGUGUGACUGAACUUGCUGAUAUUACAGCUAAUUUAUCUGGCUUAAACCUGUCAACAGCUAAACAUGCAGAUGGAGAUAGUCAUUUGCAGUCUCUGCUUCAGCUUGAUAUUGAUAAUCAACCUGAUUUUGUGUUCAACAUGCCAAAUGGUCAUAAGCAGAGUCUGCAGCAGAAACUCACUGACAAGUCCAAUGCUGGAAAUCUUUCUAUGACUACCAACUACAUUGAUUUGGCAAGGAAAAAUGGGAUUGUAACAAACCUUAAUGCUUCCAAGAUAAGUUCCAAUGGGCAAGUUAACUUUCCCAAAAGAACUUCUUCUUCUGCCAGUCUUUACUCAGAAGUUAAUUCUUCAGGAUUUGGAAGUUCGGAAGGAUCAAAUUUUCAUCAAAGUACAAAUAUUCCAAGUAUGGACUUUUCUAGCCACGUCACUGGUGCUUAUCCUGGAAAUGAAAAGUUCAAUCCAGCGAUGACUAACCAUCUUGAUGCAGCUUUGACAGCUCCUGGUGGCGGACAAGUUCUGAACAGAGUGGGAAAUCAAGCAGGGCCUGACCUUCAUUCUCUAUCUAUGGACCCCCGUGUUAUUCAGUACUUCCGUAGAAGUUCUGAUUAUGCAACCCAUGCUGGGGCUAGGCCAAGUCCUUCUCAGGGUAGGGAUUAUUUUGGCACUUCACAUGGAGACUUGGAGGGAGUUCACAAAGCAUACCUUGAGGCAUUGCUUGCUCAAAAGAAGCAACAAUAUGAGCUGCCCCAUCUAGGUAAAUCUGGUGGUUUUAAUCAUGGGUACUAUGGGAAUCCAUCGUAUGGUUUUGGCAUGCCAUAUCCAGGAAACCCAAUGGCAGAUUCUGUGCUUCCUUCUAUUGGAUCUGGAACUCCAGUGUUUCAUAAUGAGCGAAUCUCGCACCUUACUUCUAUGAUGAGAAGCUCAAUGGGAGGAUCCAUUGGGUCAUGGCACUCAGAUAUUAGCAGUAAUAUGGAAGGAGGAUUUGCAUCAACAUUAUUAGAUGAGUUCAAGAACAACAGGACCAGGUCUUUUGAACUUUCAGACAUUGUUGGUAAUGUGGUUGAAUUCAGUACGGAUCAGUAUGGAAGUCGCUUUAUUCAGCAGAAAUUAGAAACUGCCACAGUGGAAGAAAAGAACAAAAUUUUUCCUGAGAUCAUGCCUCAUGCUCGUAUCUUGAUGACUGAUGUCUUUGGGAAUUAUGUCAUACAGAAAUUUUUUGAGCAUGGUACAGAAAGCCAAAGAAAGGAGCUAGCCAGUCAACUGACUGGCCAUGUUUUGCCCCUAAGUCUCCAAAUGUAUGGUUGUAGAGUGAUUCAGAAGGCCUUGGAGGUGGUUGAGGUGGAUCAGCAAACUCAAAUGGUGGCAGAGCUUGAUUGUUCAGUCAUGAAAUGUGUUCGUGAUCAAAAUGGUAAUCAUGUUAUUCAGAAAUGCAUAGAGUGUGUCCCUCAAGAUCGAAUUCAGUUUAUUAUCUCAGCCUUCUAUGGGCAAGUUGUGGCACUUUCCACCCACCCUUAUGGCUGCCGUGUUAUUCAGAGGGUCCUGGAACAUUGUGAUGAUGCCAAUACUCAACAAAUUAUUAUGGAUGAAAUCAUGCAGUCUGUUUGUAUUCUGGCACAAGAUCAAUAUGGGAAUUAUGUUAUUCAGCACGUCCUUGAACAUGGUAAACCACAUGAACGGGCUGCUAUUAUUAGCAAGCUUGCAGGACAGAUUGUAAAGAUGAGUCAGCAGAAGUUUGCUUCUAAUGUGGUGGAGAAGUGCUUAACUUUUGGUGGUCCUGAGGAGCGUCAACUUUUGGUGAAUGAGAUGCUUGGUUCCACUGAUGAAAAUGAACCCUUACAGGCAAUGAUGAAGGAUCCAUUUGGAAACUAUGUUGUACAAAAGGUUCUUGAGACCUGCGAUGACCAGAGCCUCGAGUUGAUUCUUUCUCGCAUCAAGGUUCAUUUGAAUGCCUUGAAGAAGUAUACAUACGGUAAACAUAUAGUUUCUCGAGUUGAGAAGCUCAUCACAGCUGGAGAAAGGCGCAUAGGGUUCUCGGUCUCGUUCUCUUCUUGAGGUAUAACAAUUUAGAACAAGCCGUGUUUUUCCUCCGCCACCACCAAAGACACAAUUUGUACAGCUAACAUGGAUGGAUUUGAUCAAGCUAUUAUCUGGAGUCGUUAUAUUCUAGGAGACUAUAGUAGUAGUAGUAGUAGUAGUAGUAGUUGUAAGUAAACACUAAAAAUAGCCGGCCAGCUGGAAUAAGAAAAUUUUCCGACAGUAUUGACUGCAAAGACUCCAAACUCCGAUGAGAGGCCAUCUUAGGAAGCCGAGAUCAAAGAGACGGCACAAUAUAAGUUGCCUAGCCUUUUCGAGAUUACUUGUAUAAGGUUCAUAGUUUGUAAAGCAAAAUUAGCUGUAAAUGGUAAAUCGCAAUGUUAAAAGAGAAAGGAUACUUGUUCCAAUAUUAGGUUUGAGUCUUUGAUAUACAUACAUGUCAAUAAAUUGCAAUUUUCUUGAGAUAAA